GAAAAUCAAUUAGAAUUAUUAGAAAAAAAAUAUUUAAAUUCUGAAAGUUCAAGAUGUCUAAUUGAAGCAUCAUUAAAUGAUUGUCGAAAAAAAAUAUUAAAUUUAGAAAAUAAUAUAAAAUUAAAUGAGCUAAAAAAUAUUGAAUUUAUUGAAAAACUUAAAUUAUAUGAAAAUAAUUGUGAAAUAUUAAAUAAUGAAAAUAAAAAAUUAAAUUUAAUAUUAUUAUCAUCUAAAAAAGAACAGUGCCAAAUUGAAGAAGGUAUUAUUAAUUUACGUGUACAAUUAACAAACAUGAUUGCCCAGUAUAAAUCACUUAAAUUACGUAAUAAUAAUGUAGAAAAAAAAUUAUUAAAUUAUUGGGAUUUAAUUGCUGAUAAUAAACAAUUAAAAAAACAAAUAAUAUUAAUGAAAAAUUCAUAUCAACAACGAAUCCAGUGUAUUUUUUGUUAUUAUGUACUGAUUUGA